UGUGUUUGUAUUUUAGAGAUAUUAAAAAACUCGGAAAAAAAUACAAAAAAUUACUAGAGAGCCUUGAGCCUUUGCUAGCUUUUAAAAAUUUUGAGUUUAAUAAAUUAGUUUUUUAUGUAAAAAGAAAAGAAAAUAUUAAAAUAAUACUACUAGUAAGGGUAAGAGUUAGAAGCACUUUUUGGGAUCCAAAUCUUCCUUUGCUACUUCUCUCUCUCUCUCUCUGCUCUGUGUUUUAUUUAUAUUUCCCAUAAACAAAGAAAAACCAAAAUCCAUGGGGUUCUUCGCUUUACAAUCCCAACGCACUUCUCUCCUUCUUACUCAUCUUCGUCUUCUCCGAUGCCACCAUAUCUCUCUAGACUCUCCUUCUUCCCAUUCCUGCUCUGUUUCUUCUUUAUCCACUGCUUCUCUCUCGACGAACAGGGUCAAGCUCUCUUCUCAUGGAAGUCCCAGUUGAACAUCUCCGGCGACGCUCUCGCCUCCUGGAACGUCGCCGACUCAUCUCCCUGCAAUUGGGUCGGCGUAAAAUGUAACCAGAAAGGACAAGUUUCCGAGAUACAACUCAAAGGCUUCGACUUGCAAGGCUCGCCGCCGGUGACGAUUCUCCGGAACCUCAAGUCUCUUACUUCCCUCACUUUAUCUUCACUCAAUCUCACCGGAUUAAUCCCCAAGGAGAUUGGAGACUUUACUGAGCUCAGAGUACUCGAUUUAUCGGAUAAUUCUCUCUCCGGCGAAAUCCCGGUGGAAAUCUUCAGGCUCAAGAAACUCGAGACUCUGUCUCUGAACACGAACAAUCUCGAAGGUGUGAUUCCGACGGAGAUAGGGAACCUUUCGGGCCUCGUCGUGCUCAUGCUUUUCGACAACAAGCUAUCCGGAGAGAUCCCGAGGAGUAUCGGAGAGCUUAAGAAUCUAGAAAUCAUCCGUGCCGGUGGGAACAAGAAUCUAAGAGGUGAGAUUCCUUGGGAGAUAGGCAAUUGCGAGAAUCUGAUUAUGCUGGGUCUUGCCGAGACUAGUCUCUCCGGGAGAAUCCCAGCGUCGAUUGGUAAACUGAAACGCGUUCAGACAAUAGCAAUUUAUACGUCACUGUUGUCUGGUCCGAUUCCGGAUGAGAUUGGAUACUGUACGGAGCUCCAGAACCUGUACUUGUACCAGAAUUCCAUCUCCGGAUCGAUCCCUGCGACCAUUGGAGGACUAAAGAAGCUGCAGAGCUUACUCUUAUGGGAGAAUAAUCUCGUCGGCAAAAUCCCGACCGAGCUAGGGAACUGCCCGGAGCUCUGGCUUAUCGAUUUGUCUGAAAAUCUCCUCACCGGAAACAUACCGAGGAGCUUCGGGAACCUCAUGAAUCUGCAGGAGCUUCAGCUGAGCGUAAACCAGAUAUCGGGAACGAUCCCUGGAGAGCUAGCGAAUUGCACGAAGCUUACGCAUUUAGAGAUCGACAAUAACCUCAUCACCGGCGAGAUUCCGCCAUUAAUGGGUAACCUUAGAAGCUUAGCGAUGUUCUUCGCGUGGCAGAACAAGUUAACCGGAAACAUCCCCGAGAGUCUCUCGGAGUGUGAAGAGCUUCAAGCCAUCGAUCUCUCUUACAACAGUCUCUCUGGUUCCAUCCCAAAAGAGAUCUUUGAGUUACGAAACCUCACCAAACUUCUUCUUCUCUCCAACGAUUUGUCCGGAUUCAUACCGCCGGAUAUUGGUAACUGUACGAAUCUCUACCGGCUGAGGCUCAACGGAAACAGACUUGCCGGGAGUAUUCCGACGGAAAUUGGGAACCUGAAAAAUCUGAACUUUGUAGAUUUAAGCGAAAACCGUCUCGUCGGAACAAUCUCUCCGGCGAUCGCUGGUUGUGAAAGCCUCGAGUUCUUGGAUCUUCACUCAAACAGUCUCUCCGGUUCAUUGGUAGGUGCACUCCCCAAGAGUUUGAAGUUCAUCGAUUUCUCUGAUAAUUCUCUGUCCGGUCCUCUACCUCCGGCAAUCGGAUUGUUAACCGAGCUCACGAAGCUCAAUCUCGCGAAGAAUCAAUUCUCCGGUGAAAUCCCUAGACAAAUCUCCACCUGCCAAGGCCUACAGCUCCUCGAUCUUGGCGACAAUGCCUUCACCGGAGAAAUCCCAGGGGAAUUGGGUCGAAUCCCGUCUCUAGCAAUAUCUCUUAAUCUCAGCUGCAAUGGGUUCGUCGGAGAAAUCCCGUCGAGAUUCUCCGAUUUGAAAAACCUAGGAGUGCUCGACAUCUCUCACAACCGACUCACGGGAAACUUAAUCGUCUUAUCGGAUAUGCAGAACCUCGUCUCCCUCAACGUCUCCUUCAACGAUUUCUCCGGCGAAUUGCCCAACACGCCCUUCUUCCGGAGACUCCCACUCUCCGAUCUCGCCUCAAACAAAGGGCUUUACAUCUCCAACGGGAUCUCGACCCGACCCGACGGUAUAGGAUCCUCAAACCGGAACAAUUCCGCUGUUAAAUUAGGCAUUUCUAUCCUCAUCGCCGUCACCGCCGUCCUUGUGCUCCUGGCGGUUUACACUCUGGUCAGGGCACGAGUCGCCGAAAAACGACUCAUCGAGGAAGAAAUAGAUUCCUGGGAGGUGACGCUUUACCAAAAACUCGAUUUCUCGAUCGACGACGUCGUGAAGAAUCUGACGUCGGCAAACGUGAUCGGAACCGGAAGCUCCGGCAUAGUUUACCGUAUAACGAUUCCGUCGGGCGAGACCCUGGCGGUGAAGAAGAUGUGGGCGAGGGAACAAAGCGGUGCGUUUAACUCAGAGAUCAACACUCUGGGAUCGAUUCGCCACAGGAACAUCGUUCGUCUUCUCGGUUGGUGCUCGAACCGGAAUCUGAAACUCCUUUUCUACGAUUAUCUCCCCAACGGAAGCCUGAGCUCUCGGCUUCACGGCGCUGGUAAAGGAGGAAGAGUUGAUUGGGAGGCCCGAUACGACGUCGUCCUAGGUGUGGCCCACGCGCUGGCUUAUCUCCACCACGAUUGUCUCCCCGCUAUUAUACACGGUGACGUUAAAGCUAUGAAUGUGUUAUUGGGUCCUCAAUUCGAACCAUACUUAGCCGAUUUCGGUUUAGCAAGAACCGUCUCCGGUAAUCCAAAUACCGGAAUUGAGUUAACUAAACCAAGCAAUCGGCCUCCUUUAGCUGGUUCAUACGGUUACAUGGCUCCGGAACAUGCUUCGAUGCAACAUAUAACCGAGAAUAGCGACGUAUAUAGUUACGGAGUGUUAUUAUUAGAGGUUUUAACCGGAAAGCAUCCGUUAGAUCCGAAUCUACCCGGAGGUGCACAUUUGGUUAAGUGGGUGAGAGAUCAUUUGGCCGAGAAAAAGGAUCCGAGCAAGCUUCUCGACCCGAGACUAGAUGGACGGACUGACCCGGUUAUGCAUGAGAUGCUUCAAACUCUUGCGGUAGCGUUCCUAUGCGUGAGCAACAAGGCAAGUGAAAGGCCUCUGAUGAAAGAUGUUGUGGCAAUGCUCACAGAGAUAAGGCAUAUUGAUGUUGGACGAUCGGAGACUGAUAAGAUAAAAAGUGGUAGCUGCGGAAGCAAAGAGCCACAAUUGAUAUCGCACGAGAAAAUUAUUAUUUCUCACGGUUCGUCUAAUUGUUCAUUUACGUUCUCGGAUGAUUCCGUUUAGAAACAAAAAGAAAUGUAGUGGUGAUCAAAGCGUGAAUUGUAUGUCAUUUUUACAAAGUUGUGUGAAUAUAUUUUUGUUUGUGCUAUGAGUUUGUUCAAAGUUCUUGUAUAAUCAAAUUGAGGAUAACAAACUAAAUAAAAGCUACUCUAAUCAAAAUAAAACAAGUUAAGACCUUAUGUAAUCUAUUUUCCCUCAGCUUUUUUUUUUUUU